AUGGAUGAUCUCCAGAUAAAAACCACGUCUUCAAAACCAUCCUUAGUAGAUGUCAACCACUCAACUCUGAGUGCGGCUGAUGAUGUCGAUGAAGACUGGAAAAGGCUUUCCGAUCCUGCGGAGCGACGUCGUGCUCAGAAUCGGAUGGCUCAGGUGCGCUCCUUCAUCGACCCUGCGUUACUUAUGCUUACAAUGACAACAGCGAAGAUAUCGCAAGAAGCUUAA